GACUUUUUAUCUCGUGAUUACCAAUACUGCUAGCUACCUCUAGAUCUCUCAUCACCACAGGCGCGCUCUUCAGUUCAAGCUUAGCAAUGUCUAGGGUGUUGGAGCCUCUCAUCGUCGGAAAGGUGAUAGGAGAAGUCAUUGACAACUUCAACCCCACGGUGAAGAUGACGGUGACUUACGGCUCCAACAAGCAGGUGUUCAACAGCCUUGAGUUCCUCCCGUCGGCGGUCGUGUCCAAGCCGCGCGUCGAGGUUCAGGGCUGUGACAUGAGGUCUUUCUUCACACUGGUCAUGACUGACCCAGAUGUGCCAGGGCCUAGCGAUCCAUAUCUGAGAGAGAAUCUGCACUGGAUGGUCACUGAUAUUCCCGGCACAACUGAUGCUUCUUUAUUUGGAAACGAGUUGGUGAUGUACGAGAGCCCCAAGCCCUACAUCGGCAUCCACAGGUUCGUCUUCGUGCUGUUCAAGCAGAAGAGCCGGCAGGUGGUGCGCCCGCCCUCCUCCAGGGACUACUUCAGCACCCGGCGCUUCGCCGCCGACAACGACCUCGGCCUCCCCGUCGCCGCCGUCUACUUCAACGCGCAGCGGGAGACCGCCGCUCGCCGCCGCUGAUCACCUGAUGCAGCAACCACAGACGAACCCUACCCCUCCUUGCAUGCAUGCAUACAUGUCGCAUGGGAGGCUUAUCAAGUAUCAAUCCAAUAAGAGAACUCGCCGGCCAGCGCGCGAGUUGCUUGUUGUCUAGCUAUGUAGUUGCCACAGUCCAUUCCUUUAGUUAAUCAGUAGCCGAUCUGUGCGCGUGCGUAAGUGCGAUGUACUCAUGCGUACGUGUGGCACUAGUGUGAGUUCAGUUCAGCUCCUGCACAUGGAGGCGAAGGAUGCAUGCAUCGUGCUGGGAACAUGCAUGAGUCCGUGUAUGUCGACCGGGAGCUGUUUGAGAGCUGAAGACCGCCGACGUGUCGGGUGGAGAACGGAGGAAAGGCCGUGGCCAUGGCUCUAGUACUCUCCCCGGUUACCUACUAUCCCUGUAUUCCUGUUACGCGUGUGUGCCUGCUGGCUAGCUGGAGCUUAGCUAGCAAAGGUGUACUUCUUCUACCUCCUUUUCGCUAGC